AUGCUUGGACGUCCCAUACGCAAACGAAAUAGAGUCUCGCUAUCAUGUUUGGAAUGCAAGGCACGUAAGACUAAGUGUGACAAGAAAAGGCCUCGGUGUGGCCGUUGCGAAAAAUCUGGCACAUGUUGCACUUACAACACGCCGGCUUCACCGCUUAGCAACGACCGAAAUAUUCAACAUUCUACCACUGCAACUACAAAUGUGUCAGAUCUGUCUGCUACUUCGUUGGAUCAUUUCUCAUUACCGGAAGUCUCGAAAUCAAUUUCACGUACAAGUUCAGAUAAGGCCACUGAUGAUUUGUCGAGUCCCAAACAAGAAGAGUGGCAUCACUUGUGGAUUAAGUUUACAGACUCUGAAGACACGAUUGUGAGCCUUGAACAGAAAAUAUACCUCCACAAACCAUAUUCUAUUGUUGCGACCUUGCAGCGUGACCGUUACCUUAGGGCGUUCUUUGGUUCUGCGUGGGGCCUGACUCUGCUGACUGACGAUAAGAACUCCACAGGUAAUAAUGGCUCAAAGACGCAAGAAAAAUCAAUUUACCAUUUCAUCGGGGAUUUCAUUCACAAAGCAAAGUCCCAGAAAGGGCCUUGUGCCUUUCCUGCCCUGAUUCAUUAUUUCAUGUUUGCGCCCAAUGAUAGCCUAGAGGAAUCCUUAAACUCGGAUGGAUCUUUGCCGGCAGUUUUGAUCAAAAUCCUGGAGGAAAUCGAAGCCCUUCUGCCCGCUAAGUCAGCAGUGGAAUUUCUACUACAAUAUUUCUACUCGACUUUGUAUCCAGUAUACCCGUUCUUGAAUGUCGCAACCUUCGAAAAAAGUAUAAGGUCUGUUCUUCAUGACGGUUUGCACCAGACUUCAAGGUACAUUUUAAAAUUGGAUUCCAAAAAUGCCCGACCGCUCCUCGAGAAUCUGUGCAUCCUAAUUAUCGUUUUGAAGCUUUCAUACGCUGCUGCUUGUAAUGAUAAAGACCCUAGUGUGGUUCAGUCCAUUGCCUCCCUGGGUUUGCGUGACCAAGAUUCUGUACCCGACGAACUUCUGAUCAUUUUUCAAAAGUGUUUACUGCUUUUGAAUAUCAGCACAUUUACAAGCGAAGAUGUCUUAUGUUGUAUGCUUUACUAUUGGACAUUCCAGGCGCUAUCGAACACGAAUGCCAUAUUUAAGCUCCCGUCGCAAGUUUUGCUAGGAUUGGGCUUGGUUUUACAGCUUGCAACGGUCUUGGGGCUUCACAAAGAUCCUUCCAACUUUAAAAUUCUCACGAAACCUACACAAUUCAAUAAAUCUCUGCUUAAUUACAGGCGUAAGCUGUGGCUUGGGGUAUGCACUUUGAGGAUGAGUGAGUUACUACCUAACGGCUGUGGCUCUUACCUAAACAACACCGUUUAUGAGAAAACCUUCAGGGAACGUGCGCAAAGCGACUCACCCUACAUGUCUGCAGUACGUACGGAUUCCGUUGAGGCGUCUGAAUAUGAUGUCCCAUUGCAUGAGAUAUGUUACUUGGAAUAUCAAAUGUUCAACGAAUGGGGAAAGCUGAACAUAGCCUGUUCACCACUAACCGGGCAAAACACGCUUCUUGACAUCGAAAAAUGUCUUGCACAGUGUGAAAGUCGCCUUCACCGUCUAUUUCCGCUUUCUAAUCUCGAAAAGUCGGCCCUUCAAGGCAGAUCUAGCAGUGGAUGCGUAUCAUAUGCCAGGGGGCAGCCUACAAUAAGGUUCGACGAUAUCAAAACGGUCAAAACCUUCUCACUUAAUUGUCAAGGCAGGCUUUUAUUACAAACAGUGACAGGGGCCUUGGCCAAUGAUCUCGAGAAUAAAUUAAGGUUAGAUCAGCAAUACCUGGCGCCUUUUCAGCAUUUCAUGAAGGAAAGCUUUCGCUAUUGUAUGGAAUUGACCAAAUUAAUUCUCAAAUACUUUGAGAACGACCUGGAAGCAUUCAUGCCCCAAAGGUUAGAGUAUACUCUUAACAGAACAAUAGCAUUCUCGCUCUUGAGAGUUUCAAUGACUUUGACGAGCAUAAUAAUUAGACUCUCUUUUUGCGAGAAAAACGUCAAAGAAUUAAUACACUCAGAAUCGUUUCUGUAUGAAAACUUAGAAAGUUCAGCCCUUUCACGUCGACUAAAAUUGGUACAGGAUGUGAAAACAACACUACAAAAUCUUCUGAAAUUUUUGCUUGAUGCUGCAUCAAAGACUUUAUGCAGAACCCAUCACGGAUGCCAGAAGGCUGUGGCCAUAUUCAAAUACGUCGUGUACUUGAUCGACGGUGAAAGCCUUAUGGAUGUCACUAAUAGGCUAUGGGACCAAUUCUCAAAGGGUAAGAAAAUUCCUGACAACCUCAGAGAUUCUAUUCUGUUCAAGUGGGGUGUAGACCUAGAGGAAUCAGAGGCGAUCAAAGAUGAAUUACUAAAUGUGAACACAAUGGAAGCCUUGGAUGUGACCUUCUUGGCGUUUCUUCAGGAUUCGUUGAGCAGACUGGACAUUCCAAAGCUUUCAAAAGUGCGUUCUGAGCCGCUCCAUGUAAAUGAAACGGAAAAUCAGGCAGUAUUUUCAGAUGGCUUACUUGAUGAUGCCAACUUUUUCUCAUCAGAUGUUCUCAGCUUUUUUGAUAUUUUCGAGGAAGCUUCUGGUGAUGCCGACCUAUUUCGGGUGACGCCAAUGCUUUGA